AUGUCCGAACGCACCCCCCUCCUAGGACAUCACCGCCGCGCGCCACCAGUAUACGCUUACCCCGCUGUCAUCGCGGUACUGCUCCUGCUCCUGUUCCCAAUCCUCCUCAUCGCGCACAACCUGCCCAACAAGAACGAGGCAAUAUGGAUCCGCAACCUUGGCGCCUAUGCCCCUCUGAUCCCUCACCGAAUACCACCACUCCCAGGCGGCUGCUCAGUGGACCAAGUAUCCGUGUUGCACCGCCACACGGCGCGGUAUCCCACCUCGGGCGCAGCAGUACGCCUCCGCAAGACACUGGCAAAACUGGUUAACGCGACGGACCCAUUUUUGCGGACAGCUGAUCUAACGAUGAAAGGGUGGGAGUUUGGCGAACUUACCCAGCCUGGGAGAGAAGCCGCCCGCGCAAGCGGCCUCGACUUCCGACACUACGCGCUCCCACCCUUCAUCCGCUCCUCCGGCGCCCGACGCGUCCUCGACUCCGCGCAUCUAUUCCUCUCCAGCCUCGGCAGGGGGAUCGUAGACGUGAUCAUCCCAGAAGGCGAGAGCGUGAACAACACACUAUGUGUGCACAGUUGCCCUGCGCAGCGCUCGAGCCAUUCCGGCGAAACUCAGGUAUCAGAAGUGAUCCACCUCCUCGGCCCGGCUGCCGCUCGCCUCUCGUCUCUCUGGAAUGUCCAGUUGGAACCGGAAGACAUCCCAAACAUCGCGGGCAUGUGUGGCUUCGACUCGGCCCGAACUGGACGAUGGAGUAGCUGGUGUUCCCUCCUCACAACCGAUGAAUGGGAGGCGGUGGGAUAUGUUGGUGAAGUAGGGCGGUGGUACGCCUUCGGUGGCGGCAGUGCGGGAUGGGUUAACGAGCUUGUGGCGCGGCUCACCGACUCGGCCGUCGUCGAUGGAACAUGUACGAACCGCACGCUCGAUGCUAACCCCGCCACAUUUCCUUUGGGACAACGUCUCUUCAUCGACUUUACACACGAUAACGAGAUGGUGGCUAUUCAGGCGGCACUGGGAAUCAACCGCCGUGUCCUUGUUCAAGGCUCAGUUCCACCCCGAGAAUGGGUUCUUUCGGAGAUUGUGCCUUUUGGCGCGCGGUGGCGGUUCGAACGCGUUGUCUGCGGCCCUAAAAGAGAGAGAUUUAUCCGCAUGCUCAUCAACGAUCGCGUGAUGCCUGUCGAGCGGCCCGAGUGUGGUGGUACAUUGUGUCCACUCGACGCGUUUGUUGCGUCCCAGAAAGAGUCGCGGGAGCGGGAUUGGGCCAUUUGCGCCCCAGACGGCAUGGAGAUAAGUAACCAGGACGCGUACAUUUGGAUGCUCUGA